AUGGGCUGCUAUGAUGAAAAUGGACUCCGUAACACUGGCGUUCCAGUAUGUCCAGUACAGGAACAGCAGCAGUGCCUGGGCCCUAUGCCUUGGCACGUGGCCAUUGCUGUCAACAAAAUGUUCCCUGGCACAGCAGACGUGCGGCCCUCGGAGCCCUUCCUCACCCGCUACCUGCUGGGGCCGCACAAAAACCUCUCCAAGACCCAGGUGUUCAACGAGAUUUACCCGGUGUGGACUUAUUCCUACCUGGCACUGCUGUUCCCGGUGUUCCUGGCCACAGACUACCUGCGGUACAAGCCCGUGGUCCUGCUGCAGGGCCUCAGCCUCAUCGUCACCUGGUUCAUGCUGCUGUACGCCCAGGGACUGCGGGCCGUCCAGUUCCUUGAGUUCUUCUACGGAAUAGGAACUGCCACCGACGUUGCCUAUUACUCCUACAUCUACAGCGUCGUCGAUGUCAACCUGUACCAGAAGGUCACCAGCUACUGCCGGAGCGCCACCCUGGUGGGCUACACGGUGGGCUCGGUGUCCGGGCAGGUCCUUGUGUCGGUGGCAGGAUGGUCCCUCUUCAGCCUGAAUGUUAUCUCCUUAACCAGCGUAUCCAUUGCCUUUGGCACAGCGUGGUUCCUGCCAAUGCCACAAAAAAGCCUUUUCUUUCAUCACGUCUCAAGUCAGCAGCUCAGUUGGGAAAUGAAGGUCAUGGACUGUAAAAAUGGAUCAGCUGUCCAAGAUCAUCCCAACGUGCAGAGGGCACCCGGCUGGGAGGAUGAGACAAAAGUUCCCUUAAACGGGGAGGGUCAUUCAGCAGAGAAACAGUCUGUGCGGGAGCGGAAAGUAGACAUUGUAAAGGUGCUCAAAGAUCUCUGGCGGGACUUCCUGCAGUGCUACUCCUCCCAGACCAUGCUCUGCUGGUCCGUGUGGUGGGCGCUGUCCACCUGCGGCUACUUCCAGGUCAUCAACUAUGCUCAGGGUCUGUGGGAGAUGGUGUUGCCUUCUCACAGCACGGAGAUCUACAAUGGUGCCGUGGAGGCAGCCUCGACACUGCUAGGAGCCGUUGCAGUGUUUGUGGUGGGUCACAUAAAAACAUCCUGGGCAAUGUGGGGUGAGGUGGCACUUGCCCUGUUCUCCUUUCUUAUCGCUGCUGCUGUAUAUAUCAUGGACACUGUUUGUAACAUCUGGGUGUGCUAUGCAUCGUAUGUUGUCUUCAGAAUUAUCUACAUGCUGCUAAUCACAAUAGCAACGUUCCACAUCGCUACAAAUCUCAGCGUGGAGCGGUAUGCCCUGGUGUUUGGCGUCAAUACUUUCAUUGCCUUAGCACUUCAGACUCUACUAACUUUGAUUGUUGUGGAUGCCAGGGGGCUUGGGUUGGACAUCUUCACCCAGUUCAUGAUUUAUGCUUCUUACUUUGCGGCCAUCUCGCUGGUGUUCUUGGGCAGUGGCAUAUACAGUAUUAUGAGAGCUUACAGAAGGCAAGAGCAGAUGCAAAGCAGAUCUCCUGAAAGCCAGUAGUGCACCAAGUGAAGACUCAGUGGCUACAUA